AAGCGAAAAUGAAACCUUGUAGCGGAAAUAGCUCCCAGGGAACCAACUUGCUCCUUCUGAAACCAAGGCUGCGCCUCGUAAGCAAGAGGCAUGCAAGGGGGAGAUGGGCUAACGGUCAGCAGGGGCCUCCUCCUUGGCCUCUUGGUAUGUCUUUGUGGCGUCCUCCAACCGGCAGAAACUCUGAAAGUGACAACAAGAAGUCUGAUGACAGUGGCCUUGGAUACAGAUGUGAUGAUACCAUGUGAUAUCUCUGAAUACAGUACUCCACAGCUGGAUAUCACAAAAACUGCUGUUGAAUGGCAUUGGAAGACUUCUGUAGAGGAGACGGAAAAAAUAGUAUACUCUGUUGUUUCUAGAGUGCAUUGGUCAUCUAGAAACAAUGUAAGAAUGGAUGAAAAUAAUCUCAAAAAAGGCAAUGCUGCACUUUUCCUCCCACAAAUACAGCUUAGUGAAGGAGGAACGUACAGGUGUUUUGUGAUUGUUACCCCAGAUCAAGCUGAAGGAGUCACCGUUAUAGAGCUAUUUGCUGAGCCUGCUGUCAAUCUAUCUCCCAGAGAAGUUACAAUAGAAAAGGACAAGGAGAGGACACUGUCAUGUACAGUGAAUAAAUUCUACCCUGGUUUGAUUGAAGUUAACUGGGAAAAAAAAUCCAUAUAUACCUCGGAUAAAAUUGUAUCUGCAGAAGAUAUUUGCAUGGGCUCUUCUGUGAAAAAUGGUGAUGGCACUUUCAGUGUAACCAGUAAAUUGAGGCUACAACCAUCUUCACAAGAUAAUGGAAACAUCUAUCAUUGUAUUGUGAAACACAAAUCAUUUUCCAUGCAAGUCUUCAAUGCCACUUUGAUAGUAACAGAUCCUCCAGCAAAUUUAAACGGGUUAGUUGUUCUGCCUGUUUUAUUAUUGCUUGGUGUGAUCGCUGGAAUUGUGUACAUUACCUAUUUUCAGAAACUUCCACCAGCAAUAGUUACAAUAUUUGGAAAUAAGGAAUUGAAGCAUUUGGAAGAAGCACAGAUGGUCUUCUUGUUUUCUGGCUUUCGUCCAAAGACUUUAGAGGUAGCUUUUUUGUUAAAAACCAAAAUCUGCAGUGAAAGACAGAAAAUAUUCUCUUGGAAUUCUAAAGCAGCCGGCAAUCCUGAACAAGGAGAAGAAAUACUCCCUCUCUUCACUAGACAGGGAGAAGAAAAUUUUCAUCUUCUCAAGACUUUUUACCCAACUUUGAAAGAAACACAAAGGCGCACUUUUGACACUCGCUGCAAAAUCUGCAUAGUUCCAGAUGUAAGGAAGCUGGAUGAGUUUGAACUUACACUUGAAGUUAGACAUGAAGCCCUUCCCUGUCGUUUUGUUACUGCAACACAAUUGUUUAAAGUCAUAGCGGCACCAUCACUGGAUAAAGUUCAGUGCUCCACAGAUGUACCAAAUCCAGAGGAGCAGCUAACACUUAGUUGCAGAAUUCACUCUUUUUUCCCUGAAAUGAUUGACGUCAAGUGGUAUAAAAAUGAUGAUGCAGUUUCAGAAAAACCAAUUUUAAGCGAGCCCAAAAAAGACCGUGAUGGUCUUUUCUUUUGCAGCAGCAGCAUAAAGUAUUGCCCCCAAGUAUCAGAUAGGGGAAAGAUAUUUGUUUGUAAAGCUAAUAUUUGUGGUUCACCUCUGUGCAAAGUAUCUUUUUGGGAGAUGAAAACCAUAGUAUUUACUCCCAAAGUCUCAAAAAUUAAAUGUGAGCCUGCUGCGCCAGAGUGUGGAAAACCUGUCACAUUAUCUUGUUUAGUGAAAGAUUUCUACCCACCUGAGUGUGACAUUUGUUGGAGAAAAGACUUUGAAGAACUGAUUUAUGCUGGAAAUGAAGCAGAGGACCCACAGCUGGACCCAAUAUCAAAGCUGUACAGCAGGAAAAGCCAAGUAUCCUUUAUACCUAAACCAGAAGACCAUGCAGUAGACUUCAUUGUUGAAAUCAAUCAUUGUAACAAAACUCUAAGAUUCAGAUAUCCACUCCUGUUAAAAGGUUUCCCCAAAGUUAAAGAUAUUAUUCUGGAACCAAAUGACCCUGAAUAUGGAAAUAGUUUGUCUCUAACUUGUGAAGUCAUGGAUUUCUAUCCCAGUGACAUUGAAAGUCAAUGGCUUGAUGGGGAUAAUACAGUAAAGACUGAUGUAGACACAAAGGGGCCACUGGAAGAUUCAAAUGGUUGUUUCAAGUUAUUUUCUGAGUACAGGCUUAAACCUACAGCUUUGGAUUAUGAUAAGACCAUUACUUUCAAGGUGAUCCACAACAAGCUUACAAAACCCAUUAUGAAAAAUGUGUAUCUAAAGCUCCCAGCUAUCUCCCCUCUUGUGUCUGAAAUAAAGGCAAGACCAGUACAAAGUAACGAGAACAUCUUUCUUGAAACCUUUAUAUCAAAUUUUGCACCUCGCAACAUACAAGUGACGUGGUACAAAGGGUGGGAAAAAAUAUAUGAAGGCAACACCAGUAACAUUAAGAUUGGAGAAAAUAAAUUAUGUUAUUUUAAAAGCCAAAUAGAGUUUAGUCCAAAAGCACUCCAAAGAGGCGUUGGGCAGGCAAUCAGAUGUGAAGUUAAACACCCAGCAACAAAGUCUUUUCAAGAAAAAAGCUUUGUGUUGAACGGGAAAGAAGGCAGCCUUGAGCAGCUACACACUUCCCCGGUAAGGCAAAACCACAUAGGAAGAAUAAGAAGUUCUAAGCCCACCAGCAAAGAAGUAGCUAUGCCUAUGAAAAUAGAGUGUGUCACCAGCAACCCAAAGCCAGGUGAGAAGGUGACUCUUUGCUGUUUUGUACCUGGAAGAAGCCUACAAGGAGCCUAUGUUUCCUGGUACAUAGGAAUAUUUCCAGUUGAUGAAGAAAUAAAUAACAAAAGCUGUGAAGAGGAAUCUGGUUUUAUUUCAUAUGUGACCAUUACAACUGAAAAAGAUAAGAAAAAUUAUGAAAUCAGAUGUGAAGUUUGUGCAGAUGAGGAAACAUUGGAAGAAACCUUCAUUUUAGAAACCCAAUAAAGCAUUAAGUAAAGACAGUGAACAUUCAAAUAAGCAACUUGGUCAUGUCAUCAUCCUGCAUUGGAUGACUGCUGUUGAUAACUUGUGAGCUUAGCUGAACUAAUGUUCAACAUACAAGGACGCUAUGUAGAUACGGAGGAAAGAAGAAAGUAAGAACCCACAACCCUGUGCACUCAGGGCCGACCUUGUCAGUAUCAGUACCCCUCUUCUUGGUAUCUUAGCAACAUCACCCUGCAUGUAGCAAACAGAAGCUGCAAUCCCAGAUAUAACUGUACCCUCUAGCACAGCAAGGAUGGAAAUUUACAGGUUUAAUACAAUUUUAUUAUUUAUUUAUUUAUUAGUGGUCACUUCUGCUGCACUGGGGUGUGUGUGCAGAAAUCUUGCAUUCGUGGGUUCGAAUCCUGCCCAGAGAGGAGAAGGCCUGUGCUGAGGUGAGGGGCUCCAGACCUCCAAACUAAUUUUUUUCCCUAUGCAGGAGGGAAUGGUGAUGGGGAGCCAGACAUCCCCUCCACUCCCAAAACAUCUCAUGUUUAUAGAAUCAUAGAAUAGUAGAGUUGGAAGGGGCCUAUAAGGCCAUCGAGUCCAACCCCCUGUGCAAUGCCGGAAUCCAAAUCAAAGCAUUCCUGACAGAUGGCUGUCCAGCUGCCUCUUGAAUGCCUCCAGUGUCGGAGAGCCCACUACCUCUCUAGGUAAUUGAUCCCAUUGUUUUAUGGCUCUAACAGUUAGGAAGUUGAAAUCUGGCUUCCUGCAACUUGAGCCCAUUAUUCCAUGUCCUGUAUUCUGGGACGAUCGACAAGAGAUCCCGGCCCUCCUCUAUGUGACAACCUUGUAUGUACUUUGAAGAGUGCUAUACUAUCUCCCCUCAGUCUUCUCUUCUCCAGGCUAAACAUGCCCAGUUCUUUCAGUCUUUCCUCAUAGGGCUUUGUUUCCAGUCCCCUGAUCAUCCUUGUUGCCCUCCUCUGAAUCUGUUCCACUUUGUCUGCAUCCUUCUUGAAGUGCGGAGACCAGAACUGGAUGCAGUAUUCAAGAUGAGGCCUAACCAGUGCUGAAUAGAGAGGAACUAAUACUUCACGCGAUUUGGAAACUAUACUUCUGUUAAUGCAGCCUAAUAUAGUAUUUGCCUUUUUUGCAGCCACAUCACAAUGUUGGCUCAUAUUCAGCUUGUGAUCAACAACAAUUCCAAGAUCCUUCUCACAUGUUGUAUUGCUGAGCCAGUAUCCCCCAUCUUAUAACUAUGCAUUUGGUUUCUUUUUCCUGAGUGUAGAACUUUGCAUUUAUCCCUGUUGAAUUUCAUUCUGUUGUUUUCAGCCCAAUGCUCCAGCCUAUCAAGGUCCCUUUGAAUUUUGUUUCUAUCUUCCACAGUAUUAGCUCUGCCCCCCAAUUUUGUAUCAUCUGCAAAUUUGAUAAGCAUGCUCUAUACCUCCUCAUCCAAGUCGUUAAAAAAAAUGUUGAAGAGCACUGGACCCAGGACCAAGCCCUGUGGUACCCCACUUGUUACUGCUGCCCAGUUUGAGAAGGAACCAUUGAUAAGAACUCUUUGAGUACGAUUCUGGAGCCAACUGUGGAUCCAUCUAAUAGUUGUUCCAUCCAGCCCACAUUUAGCUAGCUUGCUAAUCAGAAUAUCAUGGGGCACUUUGUCAAAAGCUUUGCUGAAGUCGACGUAUAUUAUGUCCACAGCAUUCCCACAGUGUACAAGGGAGGUUACCUGGUUUAGUAUAGUUCUUUUAAUUAAUUAACUAAUGAUGCUGUUUUGACAGUUUGUAUUUUGCAUUUGAUUCUUAAUUCAUAAUGUUUAUGUUUAAGACAAUAUUUUUAUUUUUCUGUUAAUUAUGCUGUUUUGAAUGUGUCUUUUAUAUUUGGCCUGAAUUUGUAACAUUUUUAAAAAAUAUUUUGUGAUGUAUAGUUCAGUGUUUUAAUCUUGGUUGUAAACUGCUUUGAGAUUGUUUCCCAAAUAAUAUAAAGUGGUAUAGAA